ACCUGUUGCACAAAAUGGACUACCAAGGCAAUAUAAUUUUGGUGGACCGAUGGAUUUAUCUGAAAAAUAUGGACCACUACUCAGACAAAAUGGACCACCUGGCCAAUUUGGGCCUCAAGAUUAUGGACCGCCGCCUGGACAGUAUGGUCCAGGAUUUAGACCACCAGGAGCACAAUAUGGAUCUUCUGGACUUGGAAGUGGAGCGCAUUUUGGACUUCAAGGAUCACAAGGCCCUGGAGGAAGCCAGUAUGGACCGCCACGUUAUUCACAAUAUCAACCGCCUUCUAAACUACGAUAUCUAGGAUCGGCAGGUCCACCUCCAGAUACAUGGAACUGGGAUGUUUCACGACAACAGCCAAACGGCCAGGGCCCACAGUCUGCGAGAGACCUAUUGAGAGAAUUAAAGCCCCCUGAUCCAUUUCGUGAGUUGCCUCAAGCGGAUGACUUUGGUGAGCCGAUUCAAUGGGUGGCUUUAACUGCGGCUAACACAGAGGACGGUCUUGCGAGAGUCACUGACAGGAAAACUGGAAGAAACAUGCAGACUAGAAUAAAUGGCACAGUUUUCGUUCCUGUUAGUUACCACCCAACUACAACGACUGAAGCCACAACCACCACAACCGAAGUCACCACAACUCCGGACCCGGUCAUGGAAUCACUGCUCCAGUUCGUGACUCCUCGGAACUUGAAGCCGGAAGACUGGCUGGCUUUCGAUGUGACCUUGAACAAGAAGAAGGCACCUGAAAUGUGCGACUCAGACGGAUGUCAAGCAAGGUGCAUCGGGGACAACUGUAAGACACAGUGUAAAGGUCAUUCAUGUGAUGCUCGGUGCAUCGGCAAAGGGUGCGAAGCAUAUUGUGACAGCGUCUCAUGCCGUUACACCACAAACGGCGAAGUGAAAAGUGGCAUGAUCCAGCAAGUCCGGAACCAGCAACAUCAGCGGACGAGACCUAUUGCCAGGACUAGUGUGGAAGAUGACGAGCUUCAACUAGAAUCUAGUGAACGGAUAGACCAAGGAUUAAAUAAAUGGGCUUGA